GAGCUGUAAGGUCUUUUUCUUACGCACUGUCCGGAAGAAGUACACCUACAAAUGUACAGCCAAGGGUAGAUGCAGUAUUAAAGACGGUUUCCUGAAAUGCCGAGCAUGCCGCUACGAGUUGUGUCUAAAGUCGAACAUGGAUCCGAGCAUCGUCGGAAGCUCUGGAGCCAGAUUUUCGAUGAAAGACGAGUUGCCAGAUUUGGACCCGAUUGAAUGCACGUCUGAUAAAGAGAUCAACGAGCAAAGGGCGGUGGUACCGUAUCUGAACAAGGGCUUUUUGAGGACUACGGAGCUCCUCUCCAGCUCUUACCUCAUCGGCAAGCAGUUCAUCGCGGAUUUGAGGCAACGUGGCUGUUCCCCAGCUAGUUUAGCUACUAGGUUGUAUCAAUUGGAAAGAGCCUGCGACUUCCAAAACUCUUUCAUGAGCUACGGGCGACCCGUCGAAGGCGCCAUGAUUGAGCUGAUACCGCUAAUUUACACCCGAAUCGCGUUACACUACCUUGACUGGGUGGCCUCGCUGUUGGAGCUGAUCGAGAUGGAUGAAAAGGAUCGGUUAGCCCUCGUCAGCGCCCAGCUCUGCCAGCUCCAGUUUUGCACCAUUGCCUAUAACACUUAUCGAGAAGGCAAAGAGGGCAUCCUUUUCGGAGCAGGAAUUCACUUUAUUCCUCCUGAAACGCCACCUACGGAUGAAUUUGACAGCUUUAUGGUCCAACUGUCCACCUAUCUUCAUAAGGAAGUGAUAUCGUUGUUUAAGGAGAUCAAAAUCAGCCCCGAAGAGUACGCCCUCAUGAAAAUGAUCUGCUUCUUCAGCACUACCGCCAUCCUCACCCAAAAGAGUGUUAAUGUGGUCCAAAGAGCACGAGUGAAGUAUGAGCAGCUGUUGAUGGAAUACAUAGUGGAAGCAUAUCCGGAUCUGAAUCGGGAGGAGCGUCAGAUGAGGAUGGUGAAGAUUGCUAGUGCGAAUCGACAUUUUUUGCAACUCGGCAUCCUCGACAACGCCUACAUCACCAAGAUGUUUUCCUUGAACAUGGCCAACUUGCGCAAGCAGGCCAUCUGGCUGGCGAUUCUCGAUGGCGUCGAGGUCUCUAGUGAUUGCGAGAAUGUGAAGGAUUCGACAAAGAAGUGCACGGGGACGAACAAGUGCUCCCACGCUCACCUGGAGAAGAAGAAUGAGCAAGCGAUCAUCAAGCAGUUGGAGAUCCGCACCUGCGCCACGGGAUUUUUGUUGACGAACUGGACGACGGGCUACCAACGCAAGGAGAUCCCUGGAAGUCACCUCACUGUGACGGAGCAGGCAUGCGAGGGUGAUCUGUGCAACAAGCUACCGAUGACCGAAUUGAAGCAGCGCGCUGAAGAAGCGGCCAAGCACUCGCCGACGGCCUCGUACCUCGUGCUCCCCGUCGUCGCCUUCUUCGCCUCCAAUAUCCAUGCCUUUUUC